AUGGCUGAGAGACAAGACAAUGAACAAGAGUACAUAUUCAGAAAUGUUCAACUCUUCAAGAAUGAUACCCUUGGUACUGGCUCCUAUGGGGCAGUGUGUAAAGCAAAGUGUGACCAGCUACUCUGUGCUGCCAAGCUACUCUAUCCAGUGCUCUUCCAAAUGACUGUUCCAGAUCCUGGCAAAGAACAUAGACACCCGUUUAGAAGAUUUGAAACUGAGUGUGCAUUUCUAAGUCGUAUCAACCACCCCAACAUUGUACAGUACUUGGGGACCUAUCGCGAUCCCGACACAAAUGCACCAGUUCUUCUCAUGGAGCUCAUGGACGAGAGUCUGACACACUUCUUAGAGUCAUCACCUGGAGACCUUCCCUACCACAUCCAGGUCAACCUCUCCCAUGACAUAGCUCAAGCACUUGCCUUUCUCCACUCCAAUGGGAUCAUCCAUCGUGACCUCUCAAGCAACAAUGUCCUACUCAUUGCAGGCAGUCGACACCGAUUUCGGAAUGUCUAA